UUGACCUAUUUUUGCUCGAAAAUGUAUUUACAGUCCAGUUAUCCAUUAAUAAAAUAAAUAAAUAAACAAUCAGCCGGAAUUUUUAGUGAUUUUAGUUUCUGGUAAAUAGAAAUCUAUAAUGCUCUAUUAAUUAUUAAAUUAUGUAUUUUUGAUAUUUGUGCAUAAUUGCAUACUAGCGGUAGAGUGAAGAGAGCUUUCAGCCUAAUAGGUACACGAUGACCGAUUUUAAAGAUCCUUUUAUUAUGUUGAGGAGAAUAUUUAUUGAUGUCAACAGUUACAAGAUAACAAAACUUUGCGACUUUACUGUUAUUACAUUUCAUUCGCUUGUUCUUUGUUUACAGCUAUAUUACAUGAUCAGACAUUUCGACGUAAAUCUUUCGAUCAAAUAUGGACCAAUAACAGCAUUUUUCCUUUUUAUGACUGUGUCGGCGGUUCUGUCUGGAGCUUUGUCUCAGGACAUUUUCAGAGCAGUAGCAUUUUUUGAGAAAAUUAGUUGGUCACUUGAUGUUAUAAGAAAAGAAGCUCGAAUUAAGCUCGAGAGAAAAUGUCAAGUGAUAAACACUUGCAUUUCAUGCAUUUUGUUGUUUUCUUCGACUACAAUGGUUAUCAACUUGCCGUUUUGUGAAAACCAGAGAUAUUUUUUCAUUUCUAAUCAAGUUUUCGAGGAGUAUUUUGGCAAAUGGUCGGUUUUGUUAAAUGUAUUUUAUUACAGUGGCGUGCCAUAUUUAGGCUACCAUUCAGUGAAGCCGUGUUUUGUUUUCGUUUACGCAAUAUUAGAAAUCCAGCUACAGUUCUCCCUCAUUGAAGAAUAUUUGCUACAAACGUACGAGACUGAUUAUUUGGAAAGUGGGGAACAUUUAGAAGACACUCAGUAUCAGCGAGAAAUAGGAGAAGCAUUACGUCGUUGUAUAACACACCAUGUUCAAUUAAAAAAGUUAAUCGAUAUGAUGGUUGAUAUUGUACUGAUGUACAUGCCAUUCUUCUUGGUACUGGGUGUGUUUCUUUUGAUUACUUGUUUCGCGUUUAUCAUAAAUUUUGCGGACACUACGACCAACACUGUGAAAGUACAGGCAUUUAUGUUUGUCGUAACUGCUUUGUGUAACACUGUACUGUUUUGUUGGAAUGGCCAACAACUUAUAGAUGUGACGAAUAGUAUAUUUUUAACUUUAGGCGGAGCUCCUUGGUACCAUUGGAAUGUUGAAAAUAUUAAAAUUCUUUUAAUGUUUAUAACAAAUUGUACCAAAAAUGACAGUAUUGUAUUGGCUGGGAUUUGUUUAGAUUACAAAAUGUUUGUUUCGGUCUUUCGAAUUUCCGUCUCAUAUGCUUUAGUUUUGUUUAACCUUCGCAAACGUAGCCUCGUUUGAAAUGUUUGAAGCAAUUACUUUUUUCUUUAUUUGUGGUAGUUUAUAGAUAA